CCCACUGGUCAGGAACCCGGAAGAGAGGCUGCAAACACAGCAAAGGAACAGCAAAGGCUUGAGAAAGGGGAGAGGAAUUGGCUUUCUCUGCGCCCUUGCUUUGUGACAUAAUUGGGUGCAGAAGAGAGGUUCUUCGGCUCAGGUGGAAACUGCAUUGGAGCCCAAAGUGAAGAUGGAGGUGCCAAACCAGACCAGCCACGAAGGGGGAAGAGAGCCCUGCCAAAUGUGGGUCAGGAGAAGUGUUGGAUUCCCCAGCAAAAUGGGUCAGGACGUCUUGGAGGAGAAGACCUUCAGCACAGACCUUCAGUGCCAACGCUUCCGGCGCUUCCGCUUCCAGAAGGCCUUGGGCCCCCGAGAGGUCUGCAGCCGCCUCCACUCUCUCUGCCGCCUGUGGCUGAAGCCCGAGAGACACUCCAAGGCGGAGAUGCUGGACCUGGUGAUCCUGGAACAGUUCCUGAGCAUCCUGCCCCCAGAGAUGGAGCGCUGGGUGAGGGAAUGUGGGGCAGAGACCAGCUCCCAGGCCGUGGCCUUGGCGGAAGGUUUCCUCCUGAGUCGGGCUGAAGAGGAGAAGGCACGGCAGGAAGAGUGGCAGAGAGAGAUCCUUCAGACCCAGGAGGCCCUAUUGGAUACCAGCAAGAUGUUCGCUUCUGGGUGCAGCAAUCUGGGAAGACAUCAUUACUUGUCUUUUUCUGAUGCAGGAGAAGUGGCCUCUGGACAACAGGAUCAGGUGACUUUUGAAGAUGUGGCUGUCCAUUUCAGCGAGGAGGAGUGGGCCCUACUGGAUCCGGAUCAACAGACCCUGCACUGGGAGGUCAUGGAGGAGAAUUAUGAGAUGGUGACCUUGUUCGGUGGUGCUGUGCAGGUGAAUGAAAAUGGGGAAUCAUCAUGUCAGGUGCCAUUGAAAACAGAAGAAGAAAGGAACAUGAGAGUGGAAGGAGAAGAAGAUCUGUGCCAUGCCAACACCAGGGAAAUCCUAGUCCUAGUCCAUAAAGAAACGGAUGAGAGUACGGAAAUGAGCAACUGCCUUGUCUACAAUAACGGCCAGCCAUCAUGCUUCAAUGAUCACGCCACAAACUAUAUAGAGGAAAGACAGCCUUCUGAAUAUCGUCAACUGGAAGCAAGCUUUGGUUCUCAUACACACCUGACAAAUGACAAAAUAUCGGAUAUGUUGGACAAGCCAUACAGGUGUUCGGAGUGUGGAAAAGGCUUUACCCAAAAGAGAACUCUCGUUGUGCAUGAAAUGAACCACAGGGGAGAGAGACCGUACGCAUGUCUAGAGUGCGGGAAGAGCUUCAGCUGCAAGUUUCUCCUCAAAAAGCACCGGAACCGUCAUACGGAAGAGAAAUCGUACACGUGUCUUGAGUGCGGCAAAGGCUUCACCCAAAAGAGAAGUCUCGUUGUGCAUGAGAUGAACCACAGGGGAGAGAAGCCCUACAAAUGUCUGGUGUGUGGGAAGAGCUUUAGCUGUAAAUCGGUGCUCAAAAAUCACCGCAAUAGCCACAUCGUCGAGAAACUGCACACCUGCCUGGAGUGUGGGAAGAGUUUCCGCUGGAGAGCGAGCCUCACGGCACACCAAAAAAUCCACACGACAGAGGAAGAGCGGCACAAAUGCCUGGAGUGUGGGAAAGGCUUUGCUUCAAAGAAAAAUCUCGCCGUGCAUGAAAUGAACCACAGAGGAGAGAAACCCUAUAAAUGCCUGGAGUGUGGGAAGAGCUUCAUCUACCAAUCAAUCCUCAAGAGUCACCAAAACAGUCAUACGGAAGAGAAAUCCUACACGUGCCAGGAAUGUGGGAAGAGCUUCAGUUGGAGAUCAACCCUUUCCCGGCACGAAAAAACCCACACCGGGGAGAAGCCACAUAAAUGCACGGAGUGCGGUAGAGGUUUCAUUCAAAAGAGGAGCCUCAUUGGGCACGAAAUGAAUCACAGAGGGGAGAAACCCCAUAAAUGCCUACAGUGUGACCGGAGCUUCAUCUACAAGUCGAACCUCAAAAUUCACUUGAGUAGUCACACAGAGGAGAAAUCGUACCCCUGCCUGGAGUGCGGGGAGAACUUCAGUCAGAGAGCAACCCUCAAGAGGCACCGGAAAUCUCACACGGGAGAGAAGCCAUGUAUAUGCGAGGCGUGUGGGAAAUGCUUCCGUCAGAAAGGAGACCUCAAAAGACACCAGAAAACCCACACGGGAGAGAAGCCGUAUAAAUGCCAGGAGUGUGGGAAAGGCUUCACCGAAAAGAGGAAUCUUGUUGGGCAUGAGAUGAACCACAGAGGAGAGAAGCCCUAUCAAUGCUUGGAGUGUGGGAAGAGUUACAUCUUCAAAUCAGGCCUCAAAACUCACCAGGAGAAGAGUCAUGCAAAUGCCAAGAGUGUGGGAAGAGAUCAGGAAUAG